AUGAAGUGGUCUGCCGGAUGGGGUUCCGCGUGUGACCCCUGCGCCAAGGCAAAGACAAGGUGCAUUCGCUCCCAGGAGACGAACGACGCCAAGUGCAACAGGUGCCGGAGUCUCAAUCUAUCCUGCCCCCAGCAGGUUCGCAAGCCUAGGAAGAAAAGACUUCGCCACGAUGCCUCGACCCUACCAGACUCUACAACAAUUCCGCAGCUGGGACACAAGCAUGGUAGUUUCAACGGCACCACCAACUCCGCCCCGAGCCGUGGGACCCUCUUUCCAACCGAAAGGACCAAUGCAACGACGAGCGAGGGCCCGCGCAAUGAUGCAGCAGAGUCAGAGCCCAACUCCUACGUCGCGCAGGUCAAGACCGAGCCUACCGAAGCUUUCAGUGCCCCUACAUCGUUACCCGGGUUCCAUCCAUUCCCUACUCCCACCUGUACCUGCGUCUCGGAACUGGAUAGCAAGGAUGACCCAGACCCAGGAACCCCAGAGUCUGACGAAACUCUGCUCUCGAUUUACCGCACGCGACUGAGUCCUCAAUUUCCGUUUGUCGUCAUCUCUGAUGGUCUCACCGCGAUCGAAUUACAACGAUCCCGACCAUUCCUCGCAAGGGCGAUCAUGAUGGUGGCGUCGCUGCGACAUCGUCGGUCCAUGUGGAAUCAAAGCAGGCUGCUGUUGCGGCAGAUCUCCGAGGCACUCUUCAUGGGCCCCGAUAGGUCUCUGGACCUCCUGCAAAGCAUCAUCGUCUUCCUCGGUUUCUUUCAUUACUUCUGUUUUGCCCAUGGGCACUUCAGCAGCCUCGCACAUCUGGCUUCCAGCAUGAUUGUAGACAUGAGGCUAGAUAGGCCACGAAGCAGGCCGGCGUUUAGAAAUAAGGGUCUUCAAGGGAUUGACCCAGAAGAGCCCAGAGCCACGUCAAAUGAUGAGAGACGGGCCAUCCUUGCUGUCUGGUACCUCAAUUCCAGCUUUGCGGUAGCAUUCAAGAAAGUGAACUCACCGGCCAGGCAUUUUACUCAACACAUGGAACGACAGUUACAGGAAUUGCAGGACGGACUCGAGUAUGAGACGGAUAAGGUCCUGGCGCAACUUGUUUAUGCCCAGCGCAUCAAUGAGAUGAUCGCCCAAUUCCAACAGAGCGACCAGUCAGUCGAUGUUCGGCUGUCUUCGAAUGUCUGCGCUGCCAACCUCGACAAUCUCUUGGCUGAUCUGGGCAGCCUACGGCGCUCCGAGGGUCAACAGAAACCCCACUGCUACUUGGUAUCCAGCCAUCAUAAUUUUGCGCUGCUGCAACUUCUGGAGUCACAGCUAUUCGAUGCGGAUCACAACCAAAACCACGAGGCAGUUGCCGCGUUACAGCACGCGCCGGACUACUUUCGCAUACCCUCGACAAGGAAAACGGAUGCCGCGGAUACUGCACUGAGGGCUUGGUUCGAGGAUUGGAUGACCAUACCAGUUUGCCAUUUCUUUUACAUGCCCAUGUCAGGAUACCUGCACCUCACGAACGCCACCGUGAUCCUUCUUCGACGAGCUAGGCUCGUGCUGCUGACUCGCUAUCGGCAAGGAGACUCCUAUGCUCCCGAGACGCACAUGAAUAACAACGGUGCCGCUUCCACGAGCGCCGAUGCUGGCGGCAGCUCGAACGAUUUAAUGCUAGACCUCUUGGACCGUCUCGCGUCACGGUUCGAAGAAGCAAGGAAGGAAAUGGCCGCAGCGCACUGCUCCGAAUGGGCCAACGACUUCUUGGACUUGAUAUCGUGGAAGCUCAAGGAAAGGAAAGCGUGUAUCGAAAAGUGGGUCGACGUCAUUGCCAACGAGGCACAUGCCAACGCGCGCGGCGGCGUUGAAGCGGGAGAGAGCCACAGGCCCGGCGAAUCGGGCGGGGAUGGAGGCGACUUGACUGCAUUCGAGACCGUGGAAGAUCCAAGUCUAUGGUUGGAUCCACUUGAAGCACUUCUCCUGGGCGGCGGCAAUCCUUAUGAGAGUUGGUUAUAA